AUGACCUCCCCGGUGAGCAGCGCCCCUCCGGGAGAGGCCCUCCUCCCCUCCUUGACCCCUCAGGACUUCUGGAGGCCACCGAUCGCCGGCUACUCGGGGUCCGUGACCCGGCACAUCAGCCACCGGGCCAACAACUUCAAACGACACCCCAAGAGGAGGAAGUGCAUCCGGCCGUCGCCGCCCCCGCCCCCUAACACCCCGUGUCCAGUCGAGCUGGUGGGCUUCGGGGACCUGCACCCCCAGAGGUCCUUCCGGGAGCUGCUCUUCAACGGCUGCGUCCUCUUCGGCAUCGAGUUCAGCUACGCCAUGGAGACGGCGUACGUGACCCCGGUGCUCCUGCAGAUGGGCCUUCCCGACCAGCUCUACAGCCUUGUGUGGUUCGUCAGCCCCAUCCUCGGAUUCCUACUGCAGCCACUGUUGGGCGCUUGGAGUGACCGAUGUACCUCAAGGUUUGGAAGGAGACGCCCUUUCAUUCUUGUCCUGGCUAUAGUUAUCCAGAUCGUGUCACUGCGCAUCGGGACGGCGCUGGCUGACACAGCCCACGACCACAAGUGGGGCAUCCUCCUCACGGUGUGCGGCGUGGCGCUGAUGGACUUCAGCGCGGACUCGGCCGAUAGCCCCAGCCACGCGUACAUGAUGGACGUGUGCAGCCCCGCCGAUCAGGACCGCGGCCUGAACAUCCACGCCCUCCUGGCAGGUCUCGGAGGAGGGUUCGGGUAUGUGGUCGGGGGGAUCCACUGGGAUAAAACCGGCUUCGGGAGAGCCCUGGGCGGGCAGCUGCGGGUCAUCUACAUCUUCACGGCCGCCGUCCUGAGCAUCUCCACCGUCCUGACCCUGGUCAGCAUCCCCGAGAGACCCCUGCGGCCCCCAGGCGAGAAGAGGCCGGCCAUGAAGAGCCCCAGCCUCCCGCUGCCUCCCUCGCCUCCUGUCCUGGGUGAGGAGGGCGCCGGCCAGACAGUCCCCUGCCCGCCGGCCAGCAGCUUCCACGCCAACUUCUCCAGCCCCAUCUCCCCGCUGAGCCCCCUCACGCCCAAGUACGGCAGCUUCAUCAGCAGGGACAAUUCCCUGACAGGCAUCAACGAGUUCGCCUCGUCCUUUGCCACGUCCAACAUAGACAGCGUGCUCAUCGACUGCUUCACGGGUGGCCACGACAGCCACCUGGCCAUCCCCGGCAGCGCCCCAAGGCAGGCAAUCAGUGUCAGCUUCCCCCGGGCCCCCGAUGGCUUCUACCACCGGGAUCGCGGCCUCGGGGACCGGAGGGACGUCGCCCUGGCCACCGGCCCCGACGGGGACGUGCUGAGGGUGGGAUCCUUGGACACCUCCAAGCCGCGGUCGGCUGGCAUCCUAAAAAGACCCCAGACCCUGGCCAUCCCGGACGCAGCUGGAGGAGGUGGCCCCGACACCAGCAGGAGAAGGAACGUGACCUUCAGUCAACAGGUGGCCAAUAUUUUACUGAAUGGCGUGAAAUACGAGAGUGAGCUGACAGGCCCCAGGGAGCCAUCGGGGCAGCUGCCAUCCAUGAGGCACCUCUGCUUCACCAUCUGCAACAUGCCCAAGGCCCUGCGGCACCUCUGCCUCAACCAUUUCCUGGGGUGGCUGUCCUUCGAGGGGAUGCUUCUCUUCUAUACGGACUUCAUGGGCGAGGUGGUAUUUCAGGGGGACCCCAAGGCCCCGCACACGUCGGAAGCGUAUCAGAAAUACAACAGCGGGGUCACCGUGGGCUGCUGGGGGAUGUGCAUCUACGCCUUCAGCGCCGCCUUCUACUCAGCUAUUCUGGAGAAGCUGGAGGAGCACCUCAGUGUCCGCACGCUCUAUUUCAUCGCCUACCUGGCCUUCGGCCUGGGGACGGGGCUUGCCACCCUGUCCAGGAACCUCUACGUGGUUCUGUCCCUCUGCAUCACCUACGGGAUUUUGUUUUCCACCCUGUGCACCCUGCCCUACUCGUUGCUGUGCGAUUACUACCAAAGCAAGCAGUUUGCAGGGUCCAGCGCCGACGGCACCCGGCGGGGCAUGGGCGUGGACAUCUCCCUGCUGAGCUGCCAGUAUUUCCUGGCCCAGAUCCUGGUGUCCCUGGUGCUAGGGCCUCUGACCUCGGCUGUGGGCAGCGCCAAUGGGGUGAUGUAUUUCUCCAGCCUGGUGUCCUUCCUGGGCUGCUUGUACUCCUCCCUGUUUGUCGUCUACGAAAUCCCUCCCAGUGACGCUGCCACCGCUGAGGAGCACCGGCCCCUCCUACCUGCUUCAGCCACUGUCUUCUGCCCUCCUGGAGCUGAGGGGGCUCCCGUGGGGUCCCUGGGGUCCAGGCCCUUCCUCCCUGCCCCCUCCCUGGUCCACGAGCUCGUCUCCAGUGUGCCCUCACCGUCCAUCUUCCACCUUGUGCUGGGGGAGCUCUGCAGCCACCCAGCCCUCUUCAGCCUCAGACAGACUCUGCCUGAGCUCAUGCUCUUCCCGUGGAUAAGUGGCCUUGACUUACCCAGGUGCUGCCUAAGUGACGUGCCCCGUUCACCUGAACUUACCACGGACAAGGACCCACGUGGCAGCCGUGAACCCAGCCCUACCAAGUGCCACUUUCUGAGUCCACGCUGCAGGGAACCAGAGGGGCUGAGCCACUGUGCCCAGGCCGAGGGCCCGUCCACCCGCAGGGCCAAGGGGCACUCGGGGCACUCGGGGCCAGCUUGUCUGGGCAGCAACAGAGCCGAGACCCUGGCUCGGGGUACAGCUAUGGUGCAGACGGGGGCUCUCUGGAAGCUGUUUCGGAGGGACGAAGAGCGGGACGCCAAGUAUCUCCCUGUCCAAUCCUUGGGCUGUGACAAGGAUGGCCUGGCCUCACCACAAGAAGAUCCAAACGACGACAUGCACGACAAAGCAGAUUUCUAA